AUGUCUAAGAUACCGCGACAAUUGUUGCUGCCCGGAGGCAAGCGGGUAAUCGACGAACGAUAUGCCGAACAUCGACACCGCUUGAUCGGUAUGCUGAGAGACUACCUGACCGGCUUGAGAGCGAGCCCGGUAUCCUCUCCCGGGUUCCGCAUCCAUCGCGCCUCCCGCAUGAUUCAACAAAUCUUCUACGCCUACCGCGAAGUUACAUGGAGCCGGUUCUGCGCCAAAAUCUCCCUUCCAACAUUCUAUGACGGCCUCACCAUCAUCACAGACGACCCAAAGAAGCUCGGGCGGAAGAACGGCUGGUUUGCAGACUUCCCUCAGCAGUACUUCGUUGGCAAUCCUGAGGCCAAGAGCAAGGUGCUGGUGAUUUCGCCGUGUCACGACAUUGGCGUUCUGAAGAAGCUCAUUGAGCAGCUAUUCGCAGGCCUCGAUGUAGACAUCGACGAAGUCAAAGUCCGCCUCAAGACGCCCAAAGAAAAAGCCAUCACAGCUACGGACGAGCCUUUCGAUUUCGAAAACCCAAACCCUACUGUGUACAUCCACUGGUGCAUGCGCGUCACCCACAGACCCACGGGAAAACAGACGUCGCUCGAUAUCUCCGGCGUGCAGUACGGAAUGAUUCAGGGCGACAAGCCUUGGCAGCCACACACCGACAUCUUCGUCGACGAGAUCCAGGCCAUCAAACCGCUGGGUACACUUGCGAAGUACGCAGAUGAAGUGUCACAAACCAAGGGUACGGAGGGAUUGCGAUUCGAAGUUGCGGCGAGUGCAAUGAAGGCGUGGCACGAGACUGUCGAUGCGGCGAUGGAGCGCAAAGGGUUGACAUGGGCGGAUAUACUAGGCAAGGAAGAAGAAGCCUUCCAGCGACAUACGAAGAAGAUCUUGAGCGUGGGCACAAAGGCUAUGCAGAAGUAUGCUGCGGAGACGAAGCUGACGAAGAAGAGGCUCAAGGCGGAGAGGUAUGAGCAGAGGCAUGAAGACUGGUUGAUGGGAGAGCUCAAGGAGCUGGAGAAGCUGUAUUUGGAAUAG